ACCAGUACCAAAGUUCGCGAAUUCUUCGGCCGACGCGGCAUGGGCACAUCACCCUACCUCCCUCCUCCUCCACUUCGUCUUCCCCCCACCGAUCCAACGAGGCAGACAGGGAAACUUCCUCGCUACCCCACCCCGCCGCCCACCCCCUCCUCCGGCUCGCCGACGGAGGGGAUCGCCGACGCCGACGCCGACGCCGCCAUGGCUUCCACCUCCUCCAAGCACGCCAAGCACCGCCGGAUCGGAGAGGACGACGACGACGAGGAGGAGGAGGCCGAGGAAGAGCUUGGGCGGUUUGAUGAUUUCACCAUUGCUUCAUCUUGGGAGAGGUUUAUAUCUGAGAUAGAGGCAAUUUGUCGUCAAUGGCUAGCAGAUGGCCCAAAGAUCUUGAUGCAAAAAGGUGCAGAGACUGUGCCUUCCUUUGAAAACUUGUACAUGGUCAAGCGUGAACUGAAGCAUGGGAAAAGAGUCUACUGUAUGGAGUAUCAUUUUAGGAAAUCUGCAAAAGGCAAAUAUUCGUACUGGGAUGAUGAUACACAUAGUACACAACUAUCCUUUGGAGUAGAUGAGUUUCUGAUAAUUGCUCCCUUGAGUGCCAGCGGUGUUGUUCUUGAUGAUCCUGAAUCAACUAAGCUUUUGAGUUCUGUAGCAAUUGCAUUGUCUAAUUGUGGCAGCAAUUGGCCAGCAUUUGUACCUGUUCAUGACCCUUCACGAAAAGCAUAUAUAGGAAUUCAAAACAUGGGAACUGUAUUUACUCGAAGAUUUGAAGCUGAUCGAAUUGGUAGCCAGGUCCCAAUACGACUCAUGCAUCUGGAGGGUUUACAUGAGCUAUUCCUGUCAAAGUUUGUCCUAUCCUCAACAGAUUUUCCAGCAAAGGUUAAGGUAAACUUCUCGAUGAAGCUUACCUACAGAACUCCUGAACAUGAUUAUGAUCAUGAGGAGACUUUGGAUUCUGAAGCUACCGAGUCAAUACCAGAAAGUGAAGUUGCAAGCCAACCCAGAAAACAAUGGGAUGAUGAUUGCCCUUGGGCAGAGUGGUACUCUGCCGAGGAUCCUGUUAAAGGUUUUGAGUUGACAACCAUUUGGGGAGAGAAAAUGUUUGAAGAGAGCUUUGAGAUGGCUGAGGUGGAAAAUGCUUCGUCGUUUGAUGCUGAUAGUUGGCUUCUUCAACCAGUGGUGUCUCCAUACAUGGUUGAUGAUUCUAUUGGGAAGUUUGUUGGGUUUGCAUCCCAGCUACAUCUGCUAGUAAAUGCAUUUGAAUCGUCAGCAGAGGCACAAUUUUUGGAAGAUUUUGUCGCAGAUAAUUCAGGCCAAGACAAUUCAAAAUCUUCUGUUGCUGUGCCUCCACCAUCUGUCAUUGAUCGUGUUAUGAAAGAUCUUUUCAAUGAUGAGGUUGGAAACUCAAAUUAUGUGGAACCAGAAAACAAGUAUGGUCGCGCUUUGAAAGGAGCACCUUCAGAUUCUCUCUUUGCUCAGUUCUGUUUACAUGCAUUGUGGUUUGGCAACUGCAAUAUACGUGCAAUAGCAGUCUUAUGGAUUGAUUUUGUGCGCGAAAUUCGUUGGUGCUGGGAGGAGUCAGAACGACUACCGAGGAUGAAAACCACUUCUAGCAUUGACCUCUCUGCUUGUGUAAUCCACCAAAAACUACAAAUGCUUGCGAUAUGCAUUGAGCGGAAGAAAUCAUUGAAUCGUAAGAAGGAUACUGAUGAUGCACAUAAAGAAAAGACUUCAAAUAGCAUGGCACCUGAUAAAAUACGUAAAGGAUCAGCAGGCGUUGUGCCUUCAAUGAUGCUGAUAAAUACAUUUCAGGAAAUGCAUGCUCCAUAUACUCAGGAUGCACCUUUGAUGACAGAAGAUAUGCAUGAAGAAAGGCUCCAUGCAGCUGAAGCUUUUGGCAAUGCUGUUGGUUUAUCUGGUCAACUGGAAAGGGAUAUAUUAUCUUCCGAUAUGUCUGCUUUUAAAGCUGCAAAUCCGGAUGCUGCUUUUGAAGAUUUUAUUCGGUGGCAUUCACCUGGUGACUGGGUGAGUGAGGACAAAAGUGAUGGUAAUCCAGCCUGGCCACCCAAAGGAAGGCUUUCUCAGCGUAUGUCAGAACAUGGGAAUAUGUGGCGCAAAAUUUGGAAUGAUGCCCCAGCUUUGCCUGUCUCUGAACAGAAAUCUCUGCUUGAUUCUGUUCGAGGAGAAAAGGUGGUUCAUUACCUUGAAACUUUGAGGCCACAGCAGCUCCUUGAGCAAAUGGUCUGCACUGCUUUCAAAUCAUCAGCUGACAUUCUAAACAAGACCACAUAUGGUGGCUUCAAAUUAAUGAAGACUAAAAUGGAUCAACUAUAUGCUACAAUGGUGUCUACAUUAAGAUCUCUUCAAGGGAAAUCUGACACAAGUGAUUUGGCUGGAGAUUUGAGGCGACUUUGUCAAGUUUUCGAGCAUAUAGAGAAGUUGCUGAUUUUUGCUGCUUCGGUCCACCGAAAACUUAUAGAUGCUCCAAGACUGGCUCAAUCAAUUUUUACCGACUACUUCAAUUACUAUCUUCCAAAAAUGGGAACCAGCUUGGAAAGUAUUUGUUAUGAAAAGGAGUUCGCUAGUAAGGAAAAGGUGGGGAGGCUUGAAAGGGAGGCUGUAUCAAGCCUGUUUCGUCCCCCUACUGCUAAUCAGUCAUGGAGGAAAGUUUUGAGCAUGGGAAAUCUUUUGAACGGACAUGAACCAAUACAAAGAGAGAUCGUAUUCUCAGUUCUGGAGAACCUAAGCAACGGUCACUAUUCGAGCCCAACUCCGUUAUGUACAGAUGAACAGAUUGAGACACAUAGGAUGUAUAUAUCUGGCACGUCUAAUGAUCUCUGGGUUGCUUUAUCUGUGACAUCCUGGGACUGAGAUGUUCAUCAGACACAUGAAGAACAAUCAUAGGAGUUAGCCGGAUGUGUUGAUAUUGCAGAUCUAUCAAUUCCUGGGUUGAAGGUUGAGUGUACAAGAAAAGCGAUCCUUUGGCAUGAGAAUAAUGGUGGCGGCUGAAUCGCAAAGCCAGUGUUACGAGAAAAUUGAAGUGUCAAGUGUCAACUUGUUAUCCAUGAAAAACAGUGUGAUCUGCAUGAGGUGGCAAGCAAUUGGAUCGUCCAGCGACUGGGAUUAAGAAGCCUGGACCAUUUUUCCUGAUGACAAAGUUGUAGCUUUUGUGCUUGUGGGCAUCUGGAGAUAUGCAGGCUGCCAAGCUCCCAUGUGAUAUGAUGAUUUACAGUUGCGUGCAUGAACCGUUUGUGCAAGGUCUUGUACAGAUUGUUUUGUUUACUCACCCUCAGUGGAGUAGUUAACUGUGGUUUCAAGUAUUACACCCCCUCCACUGAGGGUGAUGGCACUUUGUCCAUUUUUUUAGUUGCAUUAUAUCCAAAUUGAACAGUACGUAGUAGUAGAA